GUUGUUGCUGAGAGUGCAAAUAUGUGUUGCAUCCGGCGAAAAAAAAAAAUAAAAAAAAACCAAACACAGCCAGUUGAUGACGAUUUUAACGGGCCGAAAACAAUGGGGAUGAGUCGUUGAGUUGAUCUCAGUUGAGUUGAGUUGAGUUCAGGUGAGAGCACCCUUAUAAAUGGGCAUGUGAUGAGCGGCAGCUCGAUUAGUUUGGUCCACACAGUUGUCACUUAACUUUACUGUUAAUCUCUAGUUAAGUUCAAGUUUAAUUUUUUUGGUAACUAUGCGGCACUCGAAAUUGCUGCUUAGCACGCUGCUCUUGGCCAGUUGCUUGGCUUUGGCGACGCCUUCAUUGUUGCAGCUCAAGAAGAAGCUGCUCUUUGGCCAUGGCGGUGGAGGUGGCUUUGGCGGUGGUUUUGGCGGUGGCGGUGGAUUUGGUGGCGGAGGCGGCUUUGGAGGUGGCGGUGGCUAUGGUGGAGGCGGUGGCUAUGGCGGUGGAGGAGGCGGAGGUGGUAACUAUCAUGGUGGAGGCGGAGGAGGUAACUAUCAUGGCGGAGGAGGAGGUGGUAACUACCAUGGAGGAGGCGGAGGAGGUGGCUAUGGACGCAAGCAGCCCAGCUAUGAAAUUUAUGUGGUGAAGCAAGUGCCUGUUUAUCAUGGUGGAGGAGGAGGAGGCAAUUAUCAUGGAGGAGGCGGAGGAGGCAACUAUGGAGGCGGCGGCGGCGGUUAUCCUCAAUGGGGAGGCGGCGGAGGAGGAGGCAACAGCUACGCCAGCAGCAGCGCCAACAGCUACAGCUAUGGAUCCGGAGGCGGAGGGAGCAGCAAUGCCUAUGCCAAGGCAUCGGCCAACGCAUAUUCGGGCAGCUGGUAAACCAGAAAGAAGUUGAAGCCGCAAAGCAAACUUCAAAUUCAUAAUUAUUUUAUAAGUUGUUUUUUUUUUGCGUUUUUUUUUUUGAGUGUUGUUUAUUAGUUGGCGAAUAAAAGAAAUGAAAUUUAA